GGUAUUUCUCAAAGGGACUAUACACAGUACUAUGAUCAUAUUUCUAAACAAAAGGAAGAGAUUUGCAGAUGCAUACAAGACUUUUUUAAGAAACACAUACAGUACAAAUUCUUGGAUGAAGACUUUGUGUUCGAUAUAUAUAGAGACAGUAGGGGGAAGGUGUGGCUGAUUGAUUUUAAUCCGUUUGGUGAAGUAACUGAUUCACUGCUGUUUACUUGGGAAGAACUGAUAUCUGGAAGAAACUUAAAAGGUGAUUUUAGUGAAGGAGAUGCUCUGGAGCAGGAUUCUCCAGCUUUCCGUUGCACAAACAGUGAAGUGACAGUUCAGCCCAGUCCCUAUCUGAGUUACCGACUUCCCAAGGACUUUGUAGACCUGUCUACUGGCGAGGAUGCUCACAAACUCAUAGAUUUUCUUAAACUGAAAAGAAAUCAGCAAGAGGAUGACUGAUUAGAGUGCCAGAGUUAAGUCCAAGGUAAAGAGGAAACCACCUUGACAUCAGGAGCCUGCUCUGAGCUCACAACUUCCUGUUACCCCACUCAGGUUGGGGUGGGAGGCAGAGUGAAAUCAAUAGCUUUUUAUAUCCCUGUAUAUUAAGCUGGGAAAAAAAUGGAGGGACUUUGCUACUUGUAAAAAUAAAUAAUAAAUAGAUCUUAAAUAUAGGAAACCAUACUGUUCUGAUGAUAAAAUACCUUCUCUGAAAUACCUCA